UUUUCUAAGUUGGUUCGCGUUUCAGGUAGUUAAGUGCUUAGAGCUCGCAGGUCUCCUUAGGUUGCUUAUUUAUUAAUGACUAUGUUUGGUCAUCGCAUUAACCAUUAAGUUUACAGUUAAGUGUUAUUGUAUCAUUAUUUAUAUCCUCCUUGCAAAAUUUGGUAAAUUGACGCUACGCUUUCCAUUGCCUUUCGGUGUAUUUAUUGUGCAGAACGACGCUGUUAUCCUUCGCCUAUUGUCGUCGUCGUCGUCGUUGUCGUCGUCGUUGUCGUCGUCGUUUUCGUCAUCGUUUUUGUCGUGGUUAACGCAACACUACAACAAGAAUUGCAACAACAGCAACACGCAGCUCAUUGCUUUAACGGUAACUCUAACGGAUCACGGCCAACAACAGAAACAGCAGCAAGGAGAGGAGUAUAACAGAAAUCAAGAGGCUUACAAAAUGCAGACGCAUAAAAAGUAAAAGGAGCAGCAAAACGAGCAAAACAACAAAACUGUGCUUGUUGUGUGCCUGCGUGUCUGUGGCUGUGUUGCGUGCGUGAGUACAGCAGCAAGCGAGCGCACACUCUUACACUUCCUCUCCCAUUCUCUCGUUGCCGUCUACCUGCCUGUCUGUUGGCGUUUACUUACUCGUGUAUGUAUAUGUAUGCGUGAGUGCAGCAGCAGAAGAAAUUCAAAUAUCGACUCUCACACAUACUCUUGCUUAUGUGCAAUUGGCAUGGCUGCAAGGAGCAAUAGCGAACAACAUAACAACAAUUCAGAUAUGCAGCUAUAAGAGAAGAUAAAUAGUUAAGUAAGCGCAAAGGACUUGAAACCAAAAACAAAAACAAACAAACAACCAACAGAUACAACUACACACGCCUAAGUUUAAGAAGAGCAACCCGAAAGAGAAAGACAGAGAGAGAGAGAGAAAGAGCGAGAACGAACGUUGCAAAGAAGGGAAAAACUCGGCCCACCCCCUCACAAUUCCAAAUCCCAUUGGAAAGGAAUCGCAAUAGAACAAACAGUAAAUUAAGAAGUUGCUGGCAACAUGAGCACGCUGCUGGAGGAGCUUGGCCAAACACUGGUCCCAGCGACAAUUGACGAUCAGCAACAACAGCUGCAGCAGCAGCAGCAGCAGCAGAGGUCAACGCUGAGUACAACGCUAUGCGAGGACUCGAACUCAUCGUCCGUGCUGGAGGACAUCGAUGUGAGCAAUACGAGCAGCAGCAGCAGCACCACCAGCAGCAGCAGCAGCAGUGCCUGCAGCAACAGCAGCAGCUGCAGCAAUGGCACUGGCACCGACACGGACACCGGCAAGGGCAGCAGCACAGUGGGCAGCAUUGAUGCGACACGCGUUAGUUCGUCUAGCAUUGGAUCGGCUGCAUCGAUUACAUCAUCGGUAUCAACGACUGCACCAUCAACGACCAAUUCAUCAGGACUCGGUUUGGUGGUCGAUGUGGAUAGCAAUAUUGGCAGCAGCCAGGAGCUGAGCCAUGGCUACGACGCCAAAAGCGUUACGGAGCUCGAUUCGCUGGAGGAUACGUGCGGCUCCAUGCUCAAGGAUGCUGAUAAGAACUGCAAGCUGUGCAGUUCGCACUUGGUGAUGCCGCGCAUUUUAUCCUGUCUACAUGUAUUUUGCGAGGACUGUUUGCAAAAUUUGCUGGUUAACAAGGAGGCGAACUCGGCCAACUCACCGGCUGCCUCUCUCUCGUCGGCGGCCAGCUGCUCAUCGGCGUCAUUUGAUGGCAGCGAUCAUCAGCAACGACUACUCGAAUGCCCCGUUUGCAAGCAGCAGACACAGCUGGGCAGCAAGGGUAUUAAGGGUCUGACCGUUGACUAUAUUGUGACCAAUAUACUGGAUCUGUCCAAUCUCGAGGCGGAGCAUAUACCGUGCACGUCGUGCAAGAGCAAAGAGGAGGCCAUUUCCCGUUGCAAUGAUUGCGCCAACUUUCUGUGCAAUGGCUGCGAUAAUGCACACAAAUAUAUGCGCUGCUUUGAGAACCAUCAGGUGGUUCGCAUCGAGGAUCUGCAAAAGAACGUGCAGAACGACAAGCUGAUCAUACACAAGCCCAUCUGCUGUCGCCAGCACAUUAACGAGAAUCUCAAGUACUAUUGCUUUACAUGCCAGGUGCCCACCUGCAAUGAUUGCCUGCUUAGCGAGCACAAGGGCAACGACCAUCACUACGAAACGGCAUUAAUUGCCGAGCAGUCGGUUCGUGCUGAUCUCGAGCAAACCAUUACGGACACCUUGAAGAAGGCACAAUAUUGCAACGAUGCUGGCGGCAAUCUGAGCAGCGCCCUGACCGAACUUCAAUCACAGCACGAUCAUGUGCGGCAGCAGAUCGAGGAUGCGUACAAGAGCUACAAGCGAAUGCUUGAGCUAAUUCGUGAUCAAUUGCUCACCGAAUUGGGGCGUCUGCAUUCGGAGCGUGAACUUAAAAUUAUGGACCUAAUGCAGAGUCUGGAGAACAAUAUGGGACGAUUGCAGCAGGCUUCACAGUUCGGUCAACGUGCCAUGGAGAAGGCCAAUGCCGUUGAGUUUCUGCUGCUGAAGCCAGUUAUUAGUGCGCAGUGCGCCAAUCUCAUGGAGCAGACGCCCCAAAGUGAUGCCAACUAUCAGCUGCAGUUCGAGUGCAUGCCCGAGAAGUUUGAGCGCUUUGCCCGCGAAAUGUUUGGCAAAUUUCGCACCGAGUCAACCAAGAAUACAACAGCAGCUGGAACUGCGAUGUCUGAAACAACGCCCUCACCGACGGCCACGCCCAAGCAACAUACACCGCCACCGGCAAAUUUGGCACCUGGCUGUCAUGGCGUUGGUUUGCUGCCCGCUGGAGUGCGCAGCUUGACCGGGGUCGGCGGCAGCGGCAACAGCAGCUCCGUGCAAGGACGGCUAAGCUCGGCGGCGGUAUUCAGUCCCAUAUCAUUGCCAUCAUCUUUGCAAAGCUCAUUCGAUGGCGACACCUCCGUGAUGACUAACUAUUCCAUGAUGAGCACAUUGCCGCCAGACUCGCCGCCGCAGUUGCAGCCACCACUACAGCAACAGCAGCAGCAGCAGCAACAACAACAGCAGCAGCAGCAGGCCUUGCAACAGGUGCAACAACAACAACAACAGCAGCAGCAGCAGCAGCAACAAAAACAGCAGCAACAGGUCCUGCAUCAACAGCCACAAACGCUGCCCGUGACCCAACAAAUUGCACAAAUGGUGACGCCUCAGGGCAUUGUCCAGGUGCAGCAAUCGGCCGGCCAUGUUAAUCUAAAUGCCGGACCCAACAAUGCUGCUGUGGGUAUGGGCCUGGGCGCACUCAAUGGCAUGGGCAUGAAUGCUGGCGGCCCACCGCCACCGUUCAGCAUGCUCGAAUAUAAUCUGUCGCGUUUGGCCAGUCUCACUGAGAGCAUACCGGAUACUCUUAACGAUACUUUGGCCGUUGGUAGCUCCAAUGCCGUGGCUGUGGCCGCUACCUCCGGCGCCGCCGGCGGCGCUGCGUCCCAUCAUCAGCAGGCGGUUAUUCCCGCCUCGGCGGUAACGCCCACACAGCCCAUUACACUGGCCGACAUUCUGUCCGGUGAUCAGCGUGCCCUUAACAAUCUGCAAGCACUGGCCAAGCUCGGACUCAACAACAAUGAUGAGCAUCACGAUUUGUUGUCGUCGAACGGAAGCUCAACGUGCCUUGAUUAUAUUUUAACAGAUUUCUGCAUGCCGGCAGCUACAUCGCCCAGUCUGCAGACAUUGAAUCCGAUCGUUGGCGGCGUCGAGGAGAUGGGCCUUAAUAAUUUUCAUGCCGUCGCCCCGCCCGGCACCACCAGCGUUGUCACGGGUCGCAACAAGGCCACGCCCAUGCAGAUUCGCUGCAAAUUUGGCUCGCUGGGCACCGCAAAGGGACAGUUCAAUUCACCGCACGGCUUUUGUCUGGGCGUCGAUGAGGAGAUCAUUGUCGCCGAUACCAACAAUCAUCGGAUCGAGGUCUUUGACAAAAUGGGCGCACUCAAAUUUCAAUUUGGCGUCGCCGGCAAGGAGGAGGGCCAGCUCUGGUAUCCACGCAAAGUGGCCGUCAUGCAUAACAAUGGGAAAUUUGUGGUCUGCGAUCGCGGCAACGAGCGCUCUCGCAUGCAAAUCUUCUCCAAAUGCGGACAUUUUAUGCGUAAAAUUGCAAUCAGGUAUAUUGAUAUCGUUGCGGGUCUGGCUGUUACCGCCAAGGGUCACAUUGUGGCCGUCGAUAGCGUCUCGCCCACCGUCUUUGUCAUCUCCGAGGAGGGCGAACUGGUGCGUUGGUUCGAUUGCAGCGACUAUAUGCGUGAACCCUCCGAUAUAGCAAUACGUGACAACGAUUUUUAUGUAUGCGAUUUUAAGGGGCAUUGCGUGGCCGUCUUUCAAGAGGACGGCACAUUCCUCUAUCGCAUUGGCAACGAGAAGGUUACCUGCUUCCCCAAUGGCAUUGACAUAUCCAACGCUGGCGAUGUACUCAUCGGCGAUUCGCACGGCAAUCGCUUCCAUGUGGCCUGUUAUUCGCGCGAAGGCGCUCUUCAAUCCGAGUUCGAGUGCCCCCAUGUUAAGGUUUCACGGUGCUGCGGCCUGAAAAUUACCUCAGAGGGCUAUGUAGUAACGCUGGCCAAAAACAAUCAUCAUGUGCUCGUCCUGAACACCCUCUAUGUUCACUGAUUGCAAAUCAAAGCGCGCAACAAUCGUCCAGCUGUCGAUAUGAACAAAUACAACUACAAAUACUCGUCGGGCAAGAUAUACGGAUGCCGCAGACAGCAACAGCAGCAUCUACAACAGCAAUUACAACAGAAACUACAACAGCAGCAGCAGCAACU